UAGUGUGUGUGUGUGUGUGAGAGUGAUAGAGAGUGAGUGAGUGUGCAUCUCUAUAUUAAAGGAUAUUCUUUACAAGAGGACUAGUUGGCAGUCUCAGUCAUCAUGGCAGACACCGAGGGAAAAAAGGAGAGGAAAGAAAGGCCAAGUUGCUUGGGAUAUCCUGUCAGUAUAUUUUUCAUUGUGGUGAAUGAGUUCUGUGAGCGAUUCUCCUACUAUGGCAUGAAAGCGGUGCUGGUGCUGUACUUCAAGUAUUUUAUUGGUUGGGACAAUGAUUUUUCCACCACCAUCUACCACACGUUCGUGGCUCUGUGCUACCUAACACCCAUCAUGGGGGCCAUAAUUGCAGACUCGUGGCUGGGCAAGUUCAAGACUAUUGUGUACCUGUCCAUAGUGUACACCAUUGGCCAGGUGAUCAUGGCUGUGAGUGCCAUCCAUGACAUCACAGAUACCAAUAGAGACGGUGUUCCUGAAAAUAUGACCUUUCAUAUUGCCUUGUCCAUGCUGGGACUCAUCCUCAUUGCCUUGGGAACAGGAGGUAUUAAACCCUGUGUGGCAGCGUUUGGAGGAGAUCAGUUUGAAGAUCACCAGGAAAAACAAAGAAGUACUUUCUUUUCCAUAUUUUACCUGUCCAUUAACGCUGGCAGUCUUCUCUCCACUCUCAUCACACCAAUUCUGAGAUCUCAGGACUGUGGUAUCUACUCAAAGCGGAGCUGUUUCCCGUUGGCCUUUGGGGUCCCUGCAGCUCUCAUGGUGGUUGCUCUUGUUGUGUUCGUCGCAGGCCAUGGCAUGUACAUCAUGGAAUCCCCCAAGGGCAACAUCCUACUACAAGUCAUGAAAUGCAUUGGAUUUGCAGUUAAAAACCGCUUUAAACACCGCAGUAAGCAAUACCCAAAGAGAGAGCACUGGAUGGACUGGGCAGAUGAGAAAUAUGAUAAACUCCUGAUUGCUCAGGUGAAGAUGGUAUUGAAGGUGCUGUUCCUCUAUAUUCCUCUGCCGAUGUUCUGGGCCUUAUUUGACCAGCAGGGCUCCCGUUGGACUCUUCAGGCCACCACUAUGGACGGUAACUUUGGAGCGUUUAUAAUUCAGCCAGAUAUGAUGCAGAUCGUGAAUCCCGUGCUGAUUGUGAUUAUGGUGCCGAUCAUGGACUCUGCAAUUUACCCACUUAUCAAAAAGUGCCAUAUUAACUUCACGCCCCUGCGGAGGAUGACUGUCGGGAUGCUGGUUGCAGCGUUAGCGUUUGUGGCUGCUGCUCUUUUGCAGAUUCAAAUUGACAAAACAAUCCCCAAGUUCCCAUCAAGCUCUGAAACCCAGGUGAAGUUCCUAAACUUGGAGAACAAAUCUCUGCCUGUUAUAGUGGCGGGACAAGAACCGUUUGUUGUUCCUGGAUCUGAUUCCUCAAAUGAAUACAUGACACUUGACGCUAUGAACGUUGCAGUCUCUGUGGGAGGAAGAAACACUACAGCUUCUUUCCUGAAGGAAAUGAGGCACACAGUUUUAAUCAAUUCUGAUGGAAUGCUUGCGACUCUCAAUGACACGCGUGAGAAACCGAGCCAAGGCUUGAAUACCAUCAGGUUUGUGAAUAGCUUUAGGUCUCCGCUGAACAUCACGAUAAAGUCUGAUGAGCUGAGUUUACUCUCUCCCUUGGAAGGAUCAGAAUACUUAAUGGUUUCCCAUGGCAAAGCCAACUUUACUAUUGUGAACGUAGAUGGACAGAAGUGCUCCUACAUCAUGCAGCUGGGCUUCGGAAGCUCCUACACAGUCCUGAUCCCCAGCAACUUCAGUUUUGGACUAAAUUGUCACGAGACCAUUAAAGCAGUGCAGGAAAUUGAGCCGAACGGAGUCCACAUGGCCUGGCAGAUCAUUCAGUACUUUUUGAUGACCUGCGGAGAAGUGGUCUUCUCCGUCACCGGUCUGGACUUCUCCUAUUCACAGGCACCAAGCAAUAUGAAGUCAGUCCUCCAGGCUGGUUGGCUGUUGACUGUUGCUGUGGGGAACAUCGUCGUGCUCAUCGUGGCUGAGGCGGGCUCACUUCCAGAUCAGUGGGCGGAAUACCUGCUGUUUGCGUCGCUCCUGGUGGCCGUGAGUGUCAUCUUUGCCAUCAUGGCUUACUUCUACACCUACAUUGACCCAACAGAAAUCGAGGCUCAAUUUAUGGAGCUCGAGCCAGAAGAUAAGAAAAAGAAAGAGCUUGAAAUGAUGACGAAAGACAAUGUGGCGUACGUACACAGCGAGGACACAGACGUCAAACAAACGAAGAUCUAGACGCAUCGCUUCUUUUUUUCUUUCUCCUUAUCUGUGGUUUAAAAGUGUUGGUGUUCCAUUUACUACUGAUGGAAGAACCGAUUUACCAUUUUUAUCACAGUUAGGAUUGGAUUUCUUAUCGCAGAAAAGACAAUCAGCCCAAGAAAAAGCUAAUUCUAUCUAAAAUCGAAUGGUGUUUGGGACACCGACCAAGGGCAGAAGGUUUGGUGGUUUCAGAGAGUAUCAGACUGUUAAGAUCAAUGUUAAAGUGGCAGUGUGUC